AGAAAUAAAAAACACUGCUUUCAGUUUGUUUUUUCAGUAUGUUAAUCUCCGGUCGCGUUCAUAUUGUAAUGGGAUAUGUUUAGGAAACUACAAAUCCCAUCAGGUUUAGCACUAUAAAAGGAAGUGAGGAGAUUUGUUGUUCCUUUUCCUCCUUUGGUUCUCCUGUUAAUGGGAGAUGUUUGGGAAACUACAAAUCCCAUCAGGCCUAGCAUUAUAAAAGGAAGUGAGGAGAUUUGUUGUUCCUCUACCUCUCUUUGUUCUCCUGUCGAUGGGGUUUGGAUGAAAGUUGCAGCUGGCUUAUUUAAUGCAUAGUGGCAGUAACCAGCAGUUAAGGAACAUCUAUCUGCAGACACGGUAAAUACGGAGAGAGAGCAUGGUGGUGUGCUGAACAUAUGUUUUGUUUAGAAGUGUUAUGGCGAGAUGGCUGCCUGAGCAUCACAAAUCAGAAUAGUGGAUGGUAGAGGUAUUAUUGCUUUUAUUUCUUAAAACUUAAGAGUUUAUAAAAUAAAGUUUUAAUGGUUUUUAUAAUUUUAAUGGUUAUUGCGAAUGUGUUUUAUCUUUUAAUGUUUUGGGUAUGUGAUGUUUUUCUUUGAUAUUUUAAACAAGUCCUUUUAUUAAUGAAUUGUGCUUUCCCUUACAGGGAUGCAAUUAAAAAAAUAAUAUUUUUUAACAGUGUGUGCAGUACUGGCACUUCUGUAUUUUAAUCUUUAGCAUACAAUCACUUCGAGUCAAAGCAUCAUUGUAUGGGUUACAAGUAAUGACAUCGCACUACAGGGAGGGAGCACUUAUCAUCAAUAUUAAAAGCCAAUUCUUCUAUCCAUGUAGUUUUAACUCUUUUUGUAUCGUCACAAGAUACAUUUUUUUAAUGAAAAAGAAAUCAGCAUGAACAAUCAAAUCAUCUUCUUUCUACCACUAAAUGUCAUAUUUGUGCCUGAAAACUUGAUUUUCCUGUUAGAGCAACACAUCUCUGGUUAACUGGUCAGUUCUUAUAGCAGCCCUUGUUAGAUCAUUUCUUGAUCUGCUUGAACUUGUAAACAAGAAAUAGAUGGACGUUCAAACGGCUCAUCUGGUCCAAAGCUGUUCAAUCCAUUGCAUGUCAAGCCUUCAUACCGUGGCAGUGGAAUGGGCUUCAUCUGCCUCAGCUGCAACCAAUUUCAGGUACUGUUGCCAGACUGCAACCACAAGACCUUUGGCUCCCAGAGAACAUCUGUCCAGCCAGAUUAACAUCAAGACCCCUGACUGACACAGAAGGGAUUUUUGAGGGUGGAGUAUUUUAUUAGCUGUUGUUGAAUGCCUGUUGUAAUGCACAGUCAUGUUGAAAAGUAAAAAAACAAGGCUAAUAAUUUGAUUGGAUUUCAUUCCUUAUUUAAGCAAAUCGCAGGUGCUUUGGCAAAUUUGAACAAAGAGUUCAUUGUCUACAAUUUGCACAAUAACUAAACGCACAUGGCAUAAACUGAAAAAAAUAUUUUCAGGGAAACUGUCAAACUCAACACAGCUUCUUUCAUUGUAAGCCAUUACAUGCAAAAUUAUCCAUUCAAUUAUCAAAAUCUAGACUGUCUGCAUAAAUAUCAAAUUUAAAUGUUCCACAUAACCAUAUGACAUGCAAUGAAAUGCUUUUUAUGACCACUCAUUAACAAAUUAAGGUUAAACAAUACAUUUUUAGUACUGAAUUGAAUUUACAAUGUAAUAUAUAUAUGACAUACAAUGUUUCUUAUGUCUGCUAAAUUAAAAUUGAUCAAAUUAAAUUGCAAUUAAAUUGGAAUGACAAUCAACCCGUCAAGGGUUACUUACACCUUGUUUUGAUAGUCCACUUUAGAUAUUAUUAGGGGUUUACCGAACCGUCACAGGCAACAUUCCAAAUAUAGUCAUCAUCCCUAUGCCCUACUCAUUCGAAGGGCAGAUCCCUCGGAGUUUAGACUUUGGAGUGAACAAGGCAUUUGCAUCCAUUAUUGUAGACGAUUGGAAUGCACUUGGCAAAGGAAGCGACGUAAUUUCUAGUGAUGGGUCGUUCAUGAACGAUUCGUUCUUUUUGAACGAAUCUUUAAAAUGACUCGGGAGUAACGAGUGUCUCAGCGAGUGAUUCGUUCAUUUUGUGUUGACCGCGCAUGUGCAACAUUGUACCAGAAACAGUAAUAAAGUUCGUCUCUCGAGUCAUCGGGUCCGAGUCCUUUCGUUCUUUUAUACCGGAAAGAGAAAUGAUUAGUUCGUCUCUCGAGUCAUCGGGUCCGAGUCCUUUCGUUCUUUUAUAUUAUAUUCUUUUAUAUUAUAUUUUAUAUUAUAUUUAUAUUCUUUUAUAUCGUUCGUUUUAUUAUAAACGCAACACUUUUGUUUUUGCCCCCAUUUUUCAUGAGCUGAACUCAAAGAUCUAAGACUUUUUUAUGUACACAAAAGGCCUAUUUCUCUCAAAUAUUGUUCACAAAUCUGUCUAAAUCUGUAAAAUCUGUGUUAGUGAGCACUUCUCCUUUGCUGAGAUAAUCCAUCCACCUCACAGGUGUGGCAUAUCAAGAUGCUGAUUAGACAGCAUGAUUAUUGCACAGGUGAAACUGAAAACAUCACAGUUCCCUUUCAUGCCUAAGGCCAUCAAACGUAACGUGUAACUUAGUUGACACGCGCCGGACGGCUAGUUAUGGAUGCUGCGCACCGACGCCCCCAAAUUUUUCCCAGGUCGCCCGGCAGUGCCGAAACGUAGGGGAGAGCGCCCGCGAUCGAACGGAAGCGUCAUGGGGCGGCGGCGACGCCCGGGGGACCCAUGAAAAAUGCCCAAAGUGCCUAAUUUUUGAGUCACGGAACGAAGGGUUAGGCGCUCUCUUGGGCAGAACCACGAGGGGGCGACUCGACGUACGGUCCCAGCCUAAGCCGCGCGCCAAUCAGGUUGCGACCGGGUCUCCCAAAGAGCGCCUGAACAUCCCCCUUGCAGCCUACGGGCCGGCUCCGGACCCCGACGUACACGAGAAGCCUACGCGUGCCCCUUGUAACCUAUUUUGGGCGGGGCUUCCUGCUGGCCACGCCUCCAUCCUCAGAACGCCUACGCAUCCCCCUUGCAGCCUAAACUUGAGGUAGGCCUGCCCGACACCCCCGAAGCCUGCCCGAAGACCCGGAUGCCACCCGGUGCCCCGGGGGACCCCGUCUCGGAGCUGACUGCCUCGUUUGAGCCCAGCGGCUGUGUGACACACGCUUAAACAGCCCAAAGACCUUUUCUUUGACUUUCGAGUCGAACGUGCACAUAAAAGCGCGGUGUUCAUCUACACCAUGAUUUCUCACAUCUGCGAUUCACUGGAAGGGCCAAAAAUUAGGUAGACAGAGUAAGACCCCUGUCAGUGGUCUCGUUUGCUUUGGCAAUGAUUUAUCCAGCUUAAACCAACAGUAGAGUGUAUAAGAGGAACAUCCCUUCAUUAUGACGUGCAUUAAGGCUCACAGUUGUGCUCCAGAAGCUUAAAAAUGGUGUGUCCAUUAGCUACCUAUGGGAGCCAUGCCAAAAGUGUUACGUGUGGCAUGUACAUUAACAAGAGAACAAGUUGCUUGUAUAGCCCACAAUUAUGUUCUGCCUUGUUUGUUUGUGUGCAGCUGGGUAAGCUCCCUCCGUCAAUCCGGAGUGACAGAAACAACGAUCAAACACUACGUCGAUAAUGUCUCCCAGUUCAUCGACUUCAUCGCGGAGACACCUCCUCAGACGUCACGCCUGAGCAAGAACGUGAUGAUCGGCCUAAGGCGGGAGAUGAAGGGCCUGAGGAAGUCCUUAAAGAGGGGGGUCGACAUGCACAGGACUUCUGUAAAGGCUUCCAAAGAGGAGAAGGUGCUGAGCAAGGGUUUGCUUUUAGAGUGCCGGAAUAAAUCAAAGCUGGGCAUUCCCGAAGCACUUGCUCUCCUGGAGAUGGACCCCACGCUGAGAAUCCAGUGGAAGUUUUAUGGACUUUUCUCUGCGUUCCUGUCAUCUGUUUUUGGGCACAGAGGGGGUGUCUUCCAAAAUAUGACCAUCCAGGAGGUCAUGGAGGCAAAGAGGUCAUCAACGGAGAACGCCUUUCUCAUAAAUAUAAAGACCCACAACACGAAUGAGUUGUACGGCCCAGCGCAAAUUUUUUUGAUGGAGGAGGAGUACGGUACGCGUUACGCAUCUGAAGGACCAACUUCCGGGCGGCCUAGGAGCUAAAUUCUUUUUCUUUGUGUCAACGCCCAACCCUUGCAAGAACUUGAACAAUUACUUUCAAGAGGCAUGGAAGGCAAUGGGCCUGCCAGGAUGUCCGACCUUCACAGACGUGAGAACGUCCAUCGCCAGUCACGCCAAGUUCACGCAUGCUCCUGAGAACCGCCUGAAUCUUUGUAAAUUUAUGUGCCAUGAUGUCCGCAUGGCGGACAUUUUUUACGUCACCAACC